UUUGGGUACACGAAGAAUUAUCUGUGUACUGGCUGUCAACAGGCCUCAUUGAGCCAUAUCAAAAUGAUGUCGACUCCUAGAGAUAAACCGAAGGUAACAGUUAAAGUGGAACCUCAGUCGCCGUGCCUUGACUUGACGGAUAUCAAGCCGCGUGAUAUACGCGUGAUUAAAAAGGAACUUCUCUGCCAGACACCUCCUUCAUUAGGCUUGUCUGAGAAAAGCUCACUGCAACUGAAGCUGGAGAAAGCUGGAAAGAAGCAGCUUGGCAUCAGAAAAGAUCCGCCUGACAUUAGUAGGAGGAACAACAAGAAGCCGGCGGCCCUACGGAUACAGUCCGAACUGGAGGAUGGCGAGGUUACUGGUGACGAUGACGAGGAGCUGCUGCCUGUUUGCCGCUUCUAUCAGCGCAAUAGCUGCACUUGGGGCGACAACUGCCGCUUCAGGCAUCCGGGAAGCACAGAUCUGGGCAACUAUGUCAUGUUCGAGCGCGUUAACCUGCCAGUGGCGUCAUCCUUGUAUGACACCAUGGGCAAUCACAUUUAUAGUGAGCUGCCGCUGCCGCCGCCGCCAGACUGGCUUGGCUAUCCGCCGCAGCUUGGGCCGGACCUUGAAAGCUCCUUCGAUAGAAAUUUGCAAAGUCUCAAGCAGAUGAUGCGACAGGCUGGCUAUAAAGUGGGCAACUCGGUUGCGCGCCGUCACAAGCAUCAGCCUUGGGUGGAAUUCAAUGACUUGGACACCGAUCCGUACUACACGCAUCAGCACGAGCUGCCCGAUCAUCAACUUAAGGAACGCUCGCCCCUUCUGGCAAUGCGGCUAUACGACCGGUGCCGAUGGCCAAAUGAUCCGGGUAGACAGGUGAGACUCCAAUAUAGCAGCCCUAGUCCCAGCAGCAGCAGCAGCAGCACACCCGAUUACUCAUCCACAACCAACUCGACGAGCUCUUCGUCUGCGACAACACUGUCACCUGCCAAUGCCUGCAAGCGCAAGCUCUACCGAAAGCUUAAAGCAGCCCAAAGAGAAGUAUCCUAUACACCCAAAAAAGGCGGCUAUAGGCCCAGCAUGAAGAAUGUCCUGCAUGCUCCACGCAAGGGUCGUAGGUUCAGUAGCAACAGCUCAUCCUCAGACAGUGAUUCGUCUAGCUACGGCUCCAGCACACACACCUCGGAGCUGAGCUCCUCAUCGAUGGAUAUGCCUACCAAUAAUAUCGAACAUAAUCCGAAUUCAAAAAAACGACUGAGAGGUAGGGAACCGCCGUUAAAAAAACGCAAAUGCCAGACAGAAAAACUUCAAGAGGUAGACAGAAAAAUCGCAAAGAUAAGAAGAGAUUAAAAUCAGAGCAAGUUCCUGAAAACUCAAAAUAUAAAUUGAAUGAAAGAUAUUUCUAGUACAUUUUUUUUUAUUAACUAAGUUAUUAACACAUUAAUUGUUGAAAAACUUUACUUAUCCCUUACCGAUUUUUUUUUAAAUUGAAUUAUGAAUGCAAAACAAAGUUUUGGAGUAUAUAAAGAAAAUAAGCAUCCAUUUUAAGUUUAAGCUAAAGUUUCCGAA